UGGAGAUGACGAUGGUGUGUCAUCGACCAGAGGGCCUGGACCAGUUAGAAGCUCUAACCAACUUCAACAAAAGAGAGCUUCAGGUUCUCUACAGGGGCUUCAAGAAUGAGUGUCCAAGUGGAGUUGUAAAUGAGGAAACCUUCAAGCAAAUAUACUCACAAUUCUUCCCUCACGGAGAUGCCAGCACCUAUGCUCACUACCUGUUCAAUGCAUUCGACACAGCACAGAGCGGCUCCAUCAAGUUUGAGGAUUUCGUCACAGCUCUGUCCACCCUGCUGAGGGGCUCCAUCACCGAGAAGCUGCAGUGGACGUUUAACCUCUACGAUAUCAACAGAGACGGCUACAUCAACAAAGAAGAGAUGACAGACAUCGUCAGAGCCAUAUAUGACAUGAUGGGCAAGUACACUUACCCUGUCCUGAAAAACGACGCACCCAAACAGCAUGUGGAUGCCUUCUUUCAGAAAAUGGACAAAAACAGAGACGGUGUGGUCACUCUCGACGAGUUCAUCCUGUCUUGUCAAGAGGAUGAAAACAUCAUGAGGUCUCUACAACUCUUUGAGAAUGUCAUCUAGAGAAAAGAGGGAGCCACUGAAACAGACAGAAGCACAGAGCAGGAGGAGAGGAGA